AUGCAAAGAGUUCGUGACGCUAUCCCAGCACGCUACCCUCUGCGUCCCUACUACCUUGGCUUUGGAUAUUUCGGGCUGGCCAGCUGGGUUUUCAGUAUGAUCUUCCACACUCGAGACUUCAACCUCACAGAGAAACUGGACUAUUUCGCUGCCGGAGCCAGCGUGCUGUAUGGUCUUUUCCUCGCACCAAUCCGCAUCUUUCGGCUGGACCAGGAGACUCCGACCAAGCAGAGUGCCUUGAGGAUUUGGACAAUACUCUGUGUCUCGUUAUACAUAGCCCAUGUCACCUAUCUCACAGGAUGGAGUUGGGAUUAUACCUACAACAUGGCCGCCAACGUUGCUGUUGGGAUAGUCCAGAACGUGCUCUGGAGUUGGUUUAGCAUUUCAAGAUAUCGCAAAUUACAGAAAUCCUGGACCGCAUGGCCCGGCCUCAUCGUUGCCUGGCUCAUCAUGGCCAUGAGCUUGGAGUUGUUCGACUUUGCGCCAAUUGGUGGGAUGGUAGACGCCCACAGUCUCUGGCACCUUGGAACAGUAGGUCCAACCAUCUGGUGGUACAGGUAG